AUGGCGAAGCUCACACUUUUCAUCUUCUUCUUAUCCUCUCUCCUCAUCAUCUCCUCAUCCCUCGCUUUCCAAUCAGACGAGCUCCUCGUUGACGACGACGAGUUCGGUCUCGAAGGAGCCAAACCCCAAUCCACACCACUCCACACCUCUUCUCCGCAACCGCAACAAACUCCCACUUUCCGCAAACGCUACUCAGAUCUGGAUCUAGAUUCAAAAGUCCAAUUCACCCUCGAACACGCCUUCGGCGACUCCGGUUUCUCCCCCGCCGGCACUUUCUCCGCUCGCCUCAAAUCCUGGAGCCAUGGCGGAAAGACUUUGACUAAGCUGAGGUUCUCAAGGAAUGGUUUCUCUGAUGAAGAGAAAGAUUCUUUCAAAAAUUUGUUGAAAGGAGAUGACUUUUAUAGGAUUAGACUUCCUUCCAGUGUCAUCUCUCCACCUGGGAAAGAGUUUGUCGUUGCUUCUGUCAGAGCUAGAUGUCUACCACGGGAUGGCUUGGAUGAGCAUUUCGUUAUUCACAUGGAAGGUGCCAACAUCUUGGCAGUAAGUUAUGGUUCUCUUGGGGCGUGUCAAUAUCCUCGACAGUUCAAACUUCCAGCAAAAUGGUCUUUCAACUCCCACACAAUUUUGAAGAGCAGUGAGCAGGCACCAAGAACUCCAAUAUUCACUGAGGAGAUUCUCGGCGGUGAGAAUGCAGAGGGCGAAGUUGAACCACCACCAGAGAGAUCAUUUUGGGCGAAAUAUUGGAUGUACUUGAUACCUUUGGGACUCGUAGUGAUGAACGCCGUGACACAAGCAGCAAACGUGGCUGAAGGACCAACAGGUGGUCAGGCAGGAGGCUCACAAGUUCAGCAAUCAGCCAGGAGAAGAUGAUUUCAAUUUUACUUCACACAAAGCAAUCAAAGCAUGCAACUGGUGAGAGAUGAAGAUUAAAGAGAUCUCAUGUCUUGACAAUGUCUUCAUGGAAACCAUGUUCUCAUCACUUGGUUUUAUGUAAUAUUUGAUUUUCAUCCAGUAUAACUGUUAGAACAUGAAUACCUCUCUCUAAACCAGAUGCUUCCAGGCUUGUUUUGAUGACUUUUGAUUUAUGGCUUGUUAACUUGUAUUUCUUUGUCUGAAUUUGUUGGUAAUUUUGAAGGAAGUUAAGAGUAAUUUAAGGCCAUGAGAGAAAC